GUCUUAAUUUUAACAAAUAAACAUCAAAAUGGCAUUUUGUAAGUUCUCAAGAUGUUAUGAUAGAAACUUUUAAAACAUGUAAAUAUUUGUUGCUUACUACUUGUGGUAAAGUACGGUUGCAUUGCUACACAGAUAUCGUUUUAAUGGAGAAUACGUGGUGUUUUUAUAAUAAUCCGGAGGCCCGUUCAAUCUAUGAAUUAGAUGAGGAGACAGGAAGAGACAUAUGCGUGUGAAUACCAGUUACUGUAAAAUUUUGAUAUAAAUAUUCACAAUAAGAUUAUAUUUUUUUUUACAAUUUUUUUUUAAACAAAGUAAUAAAAACAUACAACAUUACAGUUAUAUAUUUGAAUGAUAUCCAAUAACAUAGAAUUAAUAUUGGGAAGAAAUACAAUUCCAGAAUGAUAGAUGAUCAAUACGAUAUUAAGUUUAAAAACGCUUACCAGACAAGAGAAGAAGCAAAGAUCAUGCAAGAAACAAUGGUGGAUGAACAACAACAAGGUACUUCGUAUCAAUACGAUGAUAUGUCCAAGUUUGACAAUUCUUCCGCUGCAUUGAUUGACGUUGUGCAUCAUUCCGAAAGUGAUGAGGAUGGUGACGAAGAGGAGAAAGUGUCAUCACAUAUGAUGUUGGCUUGGUUUGCUUGCCUAAUGUGUUGUCCACUUGGAAUAUUAGCUGUACUAAAAUCAAUUCAGGUAAAGAUAUCAAUAAAAAGAAAAGAUCAUGAAGGUGCUGAAGACUCUGCAGAAGCCACAAGAUUUUUCGUCACUCUAGCAAUAAUAUGCGGAGUAAUCAUUCUUUGCGUGUUGUCAGCAAUUUUUCUUGGUACGGCGGCAGAUGUGUGACUCGGUAGAUAUUUGAUCAUGGCAUCAUUAUAAGAUGGCGGAUUGUAUUGUUCGCUAAGAAGAACAAGCCAGUUUUCAAUUAGCAUGUUAUAAAUAUUACGCAACUGUAAACAAAAAUAUUAGUGAAUUGAACAGUUGGCUCGAAGUAGUAUGUUGGCACGAAGUGGUAUGUUCAUAUGAAAUAAAAUGUAUAUUUUUGUAACUAAAUUUAUAUGAAAUUUAUAUAAAGAAUAAAUGUAAUAAUAUCGUAUCUCGAAAACUCUACGAGAAAGAAAUCAUAGAAAGUGUAAAAAGGUUAUUUUGUCAGAAGGAAUUGCUAGCUCUAAUGUUAGGGAUUUUUGAAAGCGAAGACCAUGGGAAUACAAAGAAAGUGCAAUUAAAAAUAAUUUGCGCACCGCGUGUCUUCACAAUAUCAGUCAAAAUAUAACAUAAGGAAGACAAGAACCAUUCCCAGCAAACUAAAGUUUUGUGAUCUUCGCAUAUUCAUUGUGAGACAAGUUUUUAGGUUCCAAAUAUCGUGGGUAAAAAUCAAAUUACAGAAAGAUUAAUGAGGUAAUAUAUAAUUUUAGUUACAAAAUUAUGAUGUAUUCUCAACUUCUUCCCAGCGCGUGUUGUCCCUCUUUUAUAUCGGCAGCUCUGAAAGAAGUUGAUGUACUGUAAUAACUUCCAUUUCAACUUCGUCCCCAGGACUUUUUAGGUGUUUCACAUCAGGACCCUGGGAAUGAUAUUGCAUCCUUUUAAAAAACAUCAUAGAAUACAAAAAAUCGUAGUUUAAACUGUCACAGAAGUAUUUCGCCAAUUUAUUUUUUCUAAUUCAAUUUACUCAACCUAAAAUAACCUUAUUUAUUUUUUGAACUUCUUUCAGGACAAUAAUAACACGGUAUUUAGUAGUGUGGUCGUCUUAGUCGUCUUCGUUAUCAGACUUGUUCAGGUUCGUAAAUACGUAAAUAUAUAAAUGUAAAAAUACAAGUACGAAGCAUAU